AUGGGCGUGGGUCAGCGCGUUUUGGGAGAGCGCUGCUGCGGGGAUGGGUCCAGAGCCGGAGGAAAGCAGCUGCUCGGCAGCCCCGGCGGCGGUGAGAGCACGGCCUGCCCGGAGAGGCAGCGCGAUGGGCACCGCUCAGGCUCCCAACGAAGCAAUGGCACCGCUCGGGUUCGCCGCCGCAUCCGCGACAGCUCGGAGCAUCGGAGCCUCCUUGGAGCCAAGGUGCAACCUGCGCCAGUAAUUGUGGUGGGUGAUGGAGGCACUCUGAGUGAUGUUAUCAGCCAGACCCACCUGUCUGAAGACGAGAUGGCAGCCAUCAGUCGGGAGUGCCUGCAAGGACUGGAUUUUCUUCACUCCAACCAUGUGAUCCAUCGAGAUGUGAAGAGCUGCAACAUCCUUCUCAGAACGGACGGCUCUGUCAAGCUGGCUGACUUUGGCCUCUCUGCUCAGCUCACCCCUGAGCAGAGACAGAGCUCUGUGGCCGGCACUUCUGGGUGGAUGGUGCCUGAAGUCGUGACAGGUCAACCGUACGGCCCCAAAAUGGCCAUAUGGUCUUUUGGAAUCGUGGGCAUCGAAAUGGUGGAACGAGAAGUAGAAGUUCCUUACUGGAAUGAAACUCCUGUCUCGAAACUGCCAGUGCAGAGUGGAGCUUUAACAAUGGGCUCUGGGAGAGCAGUUACAGAUGGGAAAGAAACAGGUGGAGCCUUGUGUUUCCUUUUUCUCCAUCAUCAACUGAUAGCCACGGGAGGGAGACCAAAGCUGCGGCAGCCCAACCUAUUCUCACCAUGCCUGUGUGAUUUCCUGAGCUGCUGCCUGCAGACAGAUGAGGCACGGCGCUGGUCUGCCAAGGAGCUCCUGCAGCAUCCAUUUGUAACACCAGCCAAGCCAGCAUCCACCCUGUCACCACUCGUCAUUUCAGUGAGGAACAAGAAGAAGAAGAAGAAGACUACAAAAGUGUGUCAGAAGACACCAUCUUCACAACUAGUGUAG